UGCAAAGCUGAUGUUUUGUCUCCACAAAAACCACAAGCUGGACGGUGGUCUACCAUGCUGUGUAAUUGAUAAUGCUAAUGGUUAGGUUCUACUAGUCAAGAUUGUGCUCUGCUCUCUUAUUUUUUUUAUUUUAUUUUUUUAUUUAUUUUUGCCAAAUCAACACAUCCAUCUGUGUUCACGAGCAAAAAUGGGUGAGUCUGUAAAUGCAGUUUUGCAGUGUGACGUCGAUCUGUGUGGCUCUUUCUGACCCAAGCAGUUUGCUGUCCGUUUUGUUUUGUUUUUGGAAAGCUAUUGAAGGUAAUGGGGUAGAAGACUAUUUUCACAUUCAGCAUGCACAUAAAACUCUGCGUUACCGAUCCAUCCAUCAAAUUUCUGUACCCGCUUGCACGCAGGGUCGUGGUGGCUGGUACGUAUCUCCAGCUUUCUUUGGGCAUACAGACAGGGUUCACCCUGAACAAUUUGCCAAUCCAUCGCAGGACAAUACAGAGACACACAGGACAAACAAUCAAGCACACACACACACGUACACCUAAGGACAAUCAUAUUUUACGACUGUGGGAGGAAGCCGGAGAACCUGGAGAGAACCCACACAUGCACAGGGAGAACAUGCAAACUCUUUGCAGAGAGACCCCAGGCUGGGAUGCGAUCUCGGGACCUCCUUGCUGCAAGGCAAAAGUGCUAACCUCUGUGCAGCCGCGGUACCGAUUGUAUUUCAAAAAAAUUAUUUCACAUUUUUCAGUGGACCUCAUCUGACUUGCAUUGCACCUUUUUUGUUCAGUUGAUGCUCUUAUUUGAAGAUACAUGUCAACAAUCAUAAAGGCACAUCCUUGUAGUUCAAUAGGGUGAGGACUUUACCCUCACCCUCACUUUACUGGAGCAUCAACACCAAGUUAUUUUUUUUUUCUCUUGCAGUAUCAUGUUAUCUUCAAUCCCCUCGGACAACACUGAAAUUGAGCAAUCUAUGUUCACACUGUGUCACUUUUGGAGAUAAAUCUGCAGAUUCACUCUUAAACAUUUCACAAAGUUUGAGAAAUAUAUGAGUCAUUUUAAUUACAAAGACUGAUUCAGAAGGGAGGGUGCAGCAUGUCAGAGCAUGUGGAGGGGUAAACAAUACAUCACCCUGAAUCCUUGUUAGACCAGAUCUUAUUUGAGAAUGUUACUCUCUGAAAACUGAACAAAACGAAAGUCACUGAAAGGUUCUCCCUGGAGGCUGAGGACUCCUAAAGGUCAGAUCCAAGAAUUACCUCCAGGUUUGACACUUGAGCUGUAAGUAUGUCACUAAGUCUUUGUUGUAGUAAAUGUGUUUGUGCCAACAUGCCUGAGCAGGAACCCUCUGAGCUGCUGUGGGACCAUGAAACACUUGUGUGCCUGAAUGACUUGAACAGAUGCACACAGGAUUCCUGCAGAAACAUGAAACAAAGGGGAGGAAGGAACUUAGGGAGGGCUUCACAUGAUCAAACAAUCUGAAGGUUAACUUGUGAGGCUGUGCUACUCUUUUUUUGCCACAACUUAAACACAUAAUCAGGUGACAGGAGGCGUGGUGUUUCAAACUUUCCUUGCUUCCGGGAAGGCAGGAGACACCCGUUUAACAGUGGAUUGUUCAAGCUGAAUCAGCAUGGCUGUCGCUGGAGGGAUCAAAUGUGUGAAAUAUCUCAUGUUUUUUUUCAACUUCUUCUUCUGGCUUGCAGGCACUGCUGUGUUUAUCAUAGGCCUGUGGCUGAGAUUUGACCCAAAAACCAACAGCCUGUUUAGUGGAUCUGACCCUCCGUAUGCGUUCCAUGCAGGUGUCUACAUCCUUAUUGGAGCUGGAGCACUCAUGAUGGUGGUGGGCUUUCUAGGAUGUUGUGGAGCAAUCAAGGAAUUACCCUUGAUGCUAGGACUGUUCUUCUUCUUUCUGCUGAUCAUAUUCGCCAUUGAGGUAGCAGCUGGAAUCUGGGGAUUUUCAAAUCAAAGCAAGGUGGUGGAUGACAUCAACAGCUUCUACAUGCAGACGUACAAUGAUUAUAAGACAACAGGAGAGGAACGACUCAAAGAGACGCUUCGUUUGAUCCAAACACAACUGAACUGCUGUGGUCCAAAUGGUAUGGCUGUUGAAACUGAAAAGGAUACUUGUCCACGUGGAGAGCCACUUGAGGAGCUCAUUGUUAAGAGCUGUCCCGAUGUUAUUGAGGACAUGUUUAACUCUAAGUUACACAUUAUUGGAGGAGUAGGCAUCACCAUAGGGGUUGUCAUGGUGUUCGGCAUGAUCUUCAGCAUGCUGCUGUGCUGCGCCAUAAGGAAGUCCAGGGAGGUGGUGUGACGCCAAUCUGAUGAUCUUCUGUAAAUUUGCAUGAUGUCAUUCCCAGUUACAUGACUCUCUACUGCCAACAGAAACACUGCUUGUUUGAGGAGGUUAACCUACGCUUGCCCUGGGUGCAGAUAUUUAUAACUACGGAGAAUGUGAAGGUAGCAUCGUGCUGUGCUGAGUUUUUAAUGAUAUCUUUUUGAAUAUGCAGAUUUUGCUCGCUUUGAGAACGCUUAUUAUGGAAAAGCCCAGCAGAAAAAAAAACAUCUAAAUUAGAUAAUAAUGUAUAAACUAUAAAACUAGUGUCUAAAAUCUGGUUCUAUAAAAGUUUAACAAGACAGCAAAACAUAUGGAUCCAAUGCAAGUUAAAUAGAAAAGUACAUUAUUGAAAAUAUUAAUUACCAAUAUUAAAGUUGAUAAUGCCUUUUGAUUAUAUUUAUGUUGGAAAAUGACAGAUUGGCUGAGGAAAAUGAGGUAAAAUCAUGGUCAAAUUUUGGAACACUGGUCUGUUUUUGAUGUUUCAGAUUUGAAAGUUUUACAGCCACACAAAGUCCAUCCGUUGCAUCCUACAGCACACUGAGUUACAGAAAUGUAGAAAAGGUCCAUUCAUUCCAUGAAAGUGCAAAACAGCUUUUCAUUUAUUACCAUCACAAUCUCUCCUGUUAUUAACAAUAGUCUCAACAUCCUUAAAACCAACAAAACCAAAGAUUUAUUCAGAUUACAAAAAUGUGUUUCUUCAUUAAAGCAGACCUCAUGCCCAAACUUGCAGCCCAGCAUCACCUUCACAUUCUCUGUGAGCGGGAGUAAAACUUCAGUUAUGAUUGUGCUGCUGAUACAGAUGUCAUGUUGUUACUCAGCCCAUAUAAAACGGGUGUCAUCAGCUUCAGAGGCAGUGUUGUGCUGAAAACGUGUUAUUUUGUGAUCAUUUUACUGAAAUGAGCUAUUGUGAGAUUCUAACUUUCCCAGCAUCUUGUAUUGAUCACAUUCAAUCGUUAUCACUUGCAUCACGGUGACAAGAAGCCAAAUGAAUACCAAGCUCAGAAUUUUACACUGACUGUAGUUUAAACAAGUUUGGGAUGAGUAGCACCGUUAUUCCCACAGUGUGAUGCCAUUUUUUCUUAUCCCUCUUAGUCUGAAACUUUUUUUUCCACAUUUUGUACUCAUUUUUUUGUAUGUUUUCUAAUGGUUGCUGUUUAUAUGGUACAUGCAGAUUAAUAUUGUAUUUUGUAAUGUUCUGUUAAUUUGAUAGAUUGGGUUUGUUUAUUGCACUGUUUCACAGAGUCAGAUGUUAACAAGAACCAAAUAAAGUAAACUGUAUUACGUUGA